CACAGCGGAGCUUCCCCUCUGUCAUGAUCUUGCUUGCGCGGCCGCUGCGGACAGGCGAGCUGGAGAGGCUGCACCGCCACAGGUACGUCGUCGUGCCAGACUGGCUCACGCGUGCGCAAACCGGAAGGCUGCAGGCGGACGCGGUCGCCGUCGGCGCCGACAGUGGAUUUGAGUCCGCCGUCGGCUCCGUCAACUUUGGGACGGCACGCGUCGACACUGAAGUGCGGCGAUCUCGUCAGUGCAGCAUCUACCCGCCGCCUCGCAACGCCGCCGGCUCCGUCACUGAGCGCGAUGGACUCGUCAGCGCGGUGAACGGACUGCGACGCGAGCUGGAGGCUGCGGCGCUGCCGGCGCUGCCGCGGCUCGCGCCGUUCGAGACGGAGCUCAACUACCUUCUCUACCCGAUCGGCGGCCACUACAAACGGCACCUCGACCAGCCGCGCGGGAAUAGCGGCUGGCAGCGGCAAGGCCGACGGGCAGCCGACGGCGGCUCCAUCUCCGGCGGCAGGUCGGCGGCGGUGUCGGCGGGGUCGGCGGCGGCGGCGGCGGCGGCGGUGACGGCGGCGGCGGUGGGGACGGCGGCGACGGCGGAGGCGGGGUCGGCGGAGGCGGCGGCGGCGGCGGAGGGGGCGGAGGGGGCGGUGGCGGAGAUGGGCGCAGGCGGGCUUGCCGAUGAGGCGUCGGGAUGGGGGGAGUACGUCGAGGACGUGGCGCCGAACGGCGGCACGCUCGUCCUCCUCAUGAGCGGAGAGUACUCAGGUGGAGCACCGGGUGAGGAGAACGCACAGGGAGAGGCAGUGCGUCGUCGGCUGGUUCCGCGAGCGGCGCGAGGCGCGCGUGCCGGACUUGGACGCGUCGUCGGUGCGGACGCUGGGCUUGCUCGACCACGAGGAGACGGUCAGCUGCUGCCUCGACGACAGCGUCGGGUGGCACUGAGAGACACACGCGGCUGGCAGCGGGGAGGCGCGAUCGGACGCGAAGAAUAUAGAAAACGGCCACACACGUCCACCGUCCAGCGAGGCCGAGGCAAGGCUUGUUGCACGAGUAUAUGGGACAAAAGCGUCGAAAAUGUCCCAAAUACCUAGAAAUAAAACUUAACCCCUAAACGGCUAUC